CCGUCACUCCAGUCAAUCAAUUAAUUCUCAUCCUUCCCUCCUUCCUCCCACCAACACAAUUUCAAUCUCAUCCACCAUUCCACCACUUUUCAACAUUGGCCACACUGCCGCGGACAGUACAGCCAACUCAAACAUCCUUCUUCCACUUCACUUGGAUUGAAUUCUUCAGAUCUGUGAUCUACUCGAAUUCUCUUUUCGGUCUCUCGCUUUGUCUCGCACCUACCUCGCUCGUUCAUCCUCACCGCAUCCGUCACCAGCACCCUCACCCUCGUUCCCUGUUUUCAGCAUCUCCAGCAGCCAAUAAACAAACUCUUUGUUCAGCCGCCGACUCACGAAUACACAUGCCCUCUUAGUCCGACCAACACUUGGUUGCUUGUCAACGCCUCGUCUUUCUCUAUCAAACUGGCAACAACUACUGUCUUGCAUCAGCCUACCAUGGCGAACCCUCUCACUUCAGCAUGGCGCUCCUUUUGGCACACAAUGACCUCCAACGACCGACACGCAUCUCAUGACUCCCCUUACCGAACCGGUAAUCAUAUCGCAGUUGCCCAGAAUCGGCAUGCCCCUUUGACUUCUGUUGCAACCACAGCAGGCGAUUCCCAGCCUGAUCUUUCUGCUACCUACCAUGACGACUCCAAACGGCCCUCAGUAUCGUCCUCUCAUGUUCCCGCCUCUCCAGCACGGCCAUACUCCCCGGGCAUGCGCUCUUUGUCAUCUCCCAAAGUCGUCAGCGCAUCCGUGGACGAAGUCAUCUCCCCAGGAGAGAUUCAAAUGCAGAGUUUCGCCGACGGUGCUCCUCCGCCUCCACCAGUUUCCCAUUCCUGGAAGAAGAUCGAUCGCUGGGCGGAAAAACACUACACUGAGCUCUUCGAUAAUCUUUGCGAAGGGUGUACUCAGAAUGACAUCAACGAAUUAGAACAUGAACUCGACAUUUCACUCCCUCAGGAUGUCCGCGACUCACUAGCCAUUCACGAUGGCCAGGAACGAGGCGGAAGACCAACUGGUAUCAUUUUCGGCUGCAUGUUACUUGAUUGUGAGGAAAUUGUCCAAGAGUUGAGAAACUGGAAAGUCGUCAACGAAGAAUAUCUCAACAGCGGGCCACGACGACAACAAUACAGCUCCAAGGGCCUUUCCAACGGUUCGUCCUCGUCCUCGUCCUCAGCCCAACAACCCCCCAACAGUCGUUAUUGGCGGCAGGAACUGCUCGACAGACAAGACUCGCAACCUCCCAAAGCCAUUCAAAAAGCUUAUGCUCAUCCCAGCUGGAUUUCCCUCGCUCGUGACUGGGGUGGCAACAAUAUCGCUGUCGACCUGGCCCCCGGGCCCGCAGGCAAAUGGGGCCAAGUCAUCCUUUUUGGUCGAGACUAUGACACCAAAUAUGUUGUCGCUCGAUCCUGGGCUCACUUCCUAGCUAUUGUUGCCGAUGACAUCAACAGUGAGAGAGUCUUUGUCGACGAAGAUUCAGGCGAGUUGAAAUUGAGAGAGUUCAAGACUGAAACCGUCGAACCUCCAUACAUGGACAUUCUCCGGUGGAGGGCCGACCAGAAAUACGGCAGGCAACGACCUCGUCCCAAAGGCCCUCCGCCUGGCCUGAACACAAAUGUGGCUGCAGCAAACGGACGACAUUCGCCUUAUGGAAGCCCCGUGCUGGGCACAGAGGACCGAGGACGAUCCCCCCAACGAUUCUCGCGAGGUCCAAGUGGAAGUCCCAGACACGCUGUGAGCAGCCCACUCGCUCGCGUCCAAGAAGAAAUUGCUCAGCCACAAGCUGUCAGACCUGGUGGAGACAAAGUCAAGGAUUUCGCGCAGGUCGUCGAAAAGGGACAAAGCAAGAAGAAACCGGCUGACGAUCUUGGCCGGAUAGACGUUGCGGCAGUCAAUGAAGCCACCAAAGCAGAUAAACUGGUCGAUGCGCCCACUCCGGCCUCUCUAAAGGGUUCCGAGGCUCGCGAAUCCGCGACUCGACUAACCAGAACCUCAACAGAAAGUGACAACAAGGAAAAUCGCAAUGAGAAAGAUGCCAAAGGCGACAUGAUGGGUCUCGGUGUCGAUGGAAUUGAAGAUGAAAUGAAGACAGUGACAAUAUGAUUGUGGACUGUUUUUCCCGCAGUCGAUGGCGCACAUGGUAUUAUUCUUGGGUCGUGGACGCGGAACUUUGUCCUGGAUGAGCUUGGUAGACCUGCCUCUCCAUGCCAUAGCCCGGUCCACAUGAGCAUACGAUGGAUGGCGUCCAUCUUUGUCAAAAAUAUACCAAUUUUGGGAAAUGGAUUCGAGGGCGGAAGGGAUCUGGGGCACCGCUUCAGAUAAAGCGGAUGCUGAACUGGCGUUUGUACUACAGAAUCAAGCCUUGUCACCAGGUAUAAAUGUAAAGUAGCGGUGGCGUCUAUUCUUGACGACUGCUUUUCUACCUUUUGCUUUCACGGCGCUGCA